AUGGCUUCCGCGUUCAGAUCAACAGUAAUGACCGCUUCUAGGUCUUUCACUGCUCGAUCUAAUGUAAUUUCCAAAACCCUAACUCCAAAACCCAUCCCCACCUCUCCAUUCCCUUCUUCCAGAAGAACCACCAUUUGCGUAGCUUCAAGGAUUGCUUCGGUAUUGGGAAGUGUCGAGUCCAUGAUGCCACUUCACAGCGCGAUUGCCUCUGCUCGUCUCAAGUCGAGUAUUGCCGUUGAUUCCACCUGUUGGAGCUGGCUUUCUCAAGGACUUGCAAUACCAUUGUGA